UCGGAUUACGUCCUUCCAGCCCACACUCCCGACCAAGGGUCACAAUAAAAGUGUUGAAAUUUCUCAAUCAGGCCACUGUUUUUUUUUAAAUUUCCCAUCAGCGACAAAUAAAUAAUUUCUUAGAUUUCAAAUAUUCCGUCGUUUUAACAAAAUGUGUGACUCGAAAUUGUUUUAUACCGUCAUUAUAAUUGUUUCACUGGUUGGAAUAACUUUAUCCCGUGAAAAUUUGAGUCUGACUAAAGCAGAGAAACAAAAAUUGGACCAGUUUAAAGACGCCGUUUCCAAAAUUUCCUUCCCGGCUGAGUGGAUGCAACAGGAAUUGAAUCUGGUUCGGUAUCUAAGAGCUCGACAAUGGGACGUUCAACGAGCUAAGAGUAUGCUGCAAGAGACGGUCGCCUGGUGGGAGGAGAACAACAUGAAAGACAUUCAUAACGAGGACUGGACAAGUAUUGAGAAAGAUUAUCCCCUCCACACGGACGGAGUCGAUAAGUUUGGACAACCAGCAUUUGUCUUUGCCUUUGCGGAGUGGGACCUUCGCGGGGCCGCAGUCCAGGGCCGGCUGAACCGCGUGAUCCGCUGGUUCUUUAAAGCAUUUGAUGACGUUCACCAGAAAUCCAUCGAAUAUCACAAACUCGGCAAGACGAACGGAACCCAGUGGAACGUUAUCGCGGACAUGGAUAAGCUCUCUCGUCAGCAGCACCUCUGUAUCCAAUGCCUCCGAUUUUACACUGAGCUCGCCCUCAUUCUCGAGUCCCGCUAUCCGGGAGGAAGUGACAAACUAUUCGUUGUGAAUUCCCCUUCAAUUUUCCAAAUUGUUCUUUCCCUGAUCAAUCCCAUCCUGUCAAAAAGUACUCUGAAUUCAUUGAAGGUAAUUGGCGCGAACAAGGAGGAAUGGGGCAAAGCGGUCUACUCUCACUUUGCAAAAGAUCAACUUCCAGAAAACUUGGGCGGCACGAGAAAAUAUUCGACAGUGUGGAACGAGAUAUAGAAAAUCAUUGUGCACUAAUUAUGAAUAUUGGAAUUCAUAUCAAAACAUUGUCAAUAUUUCAUCGUAUGCAAAUUGGACAAACUAAUUUUAAAUUAAAUUCGAUGCAAAUAAAGAAUCAAUGAAAUUAAGUAAA